UGUUACAAAAAGUUCAAAAAAACAAAAACUAAAAAAACAAAAAUGGGUCUCGCUAACAAAACUAUCGUUUUCGUUGCCGGUUUGGGAUGCAUUGGUAAGGACACUUGUAAGGCGCUUGUCAAAAGGAACGUCAAGAAUCUGAUAAUCCUGGAUCGUCUGGACAAGCCCGAAAUCAUUGACGAGAUCAAGAAGGUCAACCCCAAAACGAAUGUAACAUACCAGUCUUAUGAUGUCAUGGCGCCCGUCUCGGAGAGCUGCAAAACACUGGCCAAGAUUUUCGCCAAGUAUAAGAAAGUCGAUGUCCUGGUGAACGGUGCUGGUAUCCUGGAUGAUCAUGCGAUCGAGAAGACCAUUGCCAUCAACUUCACCGGUCUGGUCAACACCACCACGGCCAUUAUGCCCUUCUGGGAUAUUCGCAAUGGUGGUCCUGGUGGCAGUCUCUGCAACAUUGGCUCUGUGACCGGAUUCAAUGCUAUCUACCAGGUGCCCGUGUAUUCUGCAUCAAAGGCUGCUGUGGUUAGCUUUACCCAAUCACUUGCAAAACUUUCCAAAAUCACUGGUGUAAAGGCUUACACCGUGAAUCCUGGCAUUACCGCAACUUCUUUGGUACAAAGCUUCAACUCUUGGCUGGAUGUGGAACCGUGUGUGGCCCAGAAAUUGUUGGAACACCCCACACAGACUACUGAGCAGUGUGCCGAGAGCUUUGCCAAGGCUAUUGAGCGCGAUGAGAAUGGAGCCCUCUGGAAAAUGGAUUUAGGAACUUUGGAACCCAUCAAGUGGGACAUCUACUGGGACUCUCACAUCUAAAUUACUCUGGAUGAUUGGUGAAGAGACGACUACACUACAAAUAGUUCUGGACUAGACAAAGACUCUGCGAAACAAUCGCAGGAUAAUUCAACUAGACACAUGCAAAAAUGCACAUGAAUAAAUUGUAAUACUUGGGCAA